UAAUUAUAACAAUAAUAAUAAUAAUAAUAAUAACAACAACAAUAAUAAUAAUAUAAUCAACAACAAUAGUAAUUUCAAUAACAAUAAUAAUAUCAAUACAACCACAAUAAAUACAAAUAAAACUACCACAACCACCACAACUACAACUACAACUACAAUUGACAAAAUUAAUAAUAAAUAUUCAGAAUCAAAAACAAGCGCACCAUCAACAUUAAAAAGGAAAUUAUCUGAAUUAGAUGAUUUAAAAGAUAAUCCAAGAGAUAAAAAAAAAUUAAAAAUUGAUCAUUCUAGUAACGAAAUCGAUAUACAACCAACCAGUUACUCAAAAAAUAGUUCGACAGAAGUUAAUGUAAAUAAAAAAGAAGAAAAGAAAGAAUAUACUGGUAAUAAUAUAAUUAUUCAAAACGACUUUGAAAUUUUUUUAGUUAAUUUCGAAUCAGUAAAAAUUGAUGUUAUCCAAGAAUUAAAGUUGGAUAAUAAUAGAAAAAAAAUAUUUUCCAUUAACUUAUUAGACCAUUAUAUCUCAGAUGAUGGUUUAUUAAAAAAAUUGGCCUGUGGUCAAAAGGAUUGUAUUUUAUUCAAUUUAUUAGAUUUUUUAUUUACCUCUGGAAAUCAAAGUUAUACUGGCCUUGCUAAAAAUAAAGCUUGCGCAUUAUUCUCAAAAAUUAUUAUCAAAGAAUGGUUCAACGAAGAAUCAUUAGAAUACAUUGAAAAGUGGAUAACUUCACUUUACAAUGUUUUGUUAGAUCCAAAGAAAUCAUCAAUUAAUAACAUAGUGUGGGUUGUAAAAAUUUUUGGCCAUUUCGAUAGAAUUAAAUAUGAAAAUGGUUUUAAUUCAUUAAAUAGUAGAAUACAAAUGGCAAUCGAUAGCAUUUUUAAUAUUUCAAUAGAGGUUCUUAAUUAUUUUAGUAAUUCAAGAAAAGAACAUUCAAAGAGUCCACAAAAUUCAUCUAAUAAAACUCUUAUAAAUGAAAUAGUAGACACAAUCUUUUCAUUAUUUGGUUUAGUUAGUGGUCCAAUUCGUUCAAAAAAUUUACAAAUGGUUUUAAAUCUCUUUAACAGAGUAAAUUCUCCAAAAUCUUUUGAAGUCAAGAAGUUUUUGGUUAAUUUAAUUCCAUUUUUUGAAUAUAAAGAUUUAGUUAUGGUUUUGGAAUACUUCAAUUUAAGCCAUAAAAAGCUAAUUUCAAGUGGUAACUCUAAUAGUCCAAUUGAUGCUCAAUCGAUUCAAUUAUUCUUUUCCAAUAUUUUAGUAGUUGUUGAAAGAACACAAAGUUGUAGUUAUAAACACCAAGAAUUGGAUAUUAUAUUAAAGCUAGUUCAAGAAUCAAUCAAGUUCUCUGGAAUUCUAUGUUACAUAAAUACCCUUGGUUUUUUUGCAAAUAAGCUCUCCGACUUUACAAAUAUCCAAAACAAAAAAGAAAGAUUUCUCAAGCUCAAUUCAAUAAAAUGUAUUUCAAGUGGUAAUUCUCAUCGUAAUUCAAAUGGUGAUUCAAGUGGUAUUUCACAUCGUAUUUCAAAAGUUGGUUCAAGUAACCGGUCAAGUAGUGGUUCACGUGGAAGCGUACAUCGUAAUUUAACAGUUGGUUCAAAUAAUCGGUCAAUUGGUAGGUCAAGUAGUUCAAAUAGUAGUUCAAUUGGUGGGUCAAGUAGUUCAAAUAGUAGUAAAACUUUAAAAAGUCUUCAAUAUUAUAACCUGUUUUAUCAAGUGUUAAUCAAACAGAGCCUGAUUCGAGAAGUUUAUGAUAUUGGUAGCUCAGAAUCAGUUUCAUCAAGUGUAGAAACCAUUGUAUCAAGUAGUGCUUAA